AUGUCCCAGCCUGCCAAUUCCCUCGAGGAUCCCGUGCUGCCUACAAGCCCCCAGCUAGGUGGUGCAGUGGGAUAUCCCGAGACCGUGAACAUGGAUUCUGUCACUGGCGUGAUCAAGCCCGCCUCUAUCCCGGUGCGGGGUGGUUCAGACCGGUUGGCGGCCCUUGAACUCGCUGAUGGCACCGUUUACCAGGGUUACAACUUUGGUGCCGAGAAGAGCAUCUCAGGUGAAUUGGUCUUCCAGACCGGUAUGGUCGGUUACCCCGAGUCCAUCACCGACCCCUCAUACCGUGGCCAGAUUCUGGUCGUCACGUUCCCACUCGUGGGUAACUACGGUGUUCCCUCGCACGAUGAGAUGUGCGAGCUCCUCAAGGACUUGCCUAAGCACUUCGAGUCCAGUCAGAUCCACAUCGCGGCCUUGGUGGUGGCAGCCGACGCCGGUGAGGAUUUCUCGCACUUCUUGGCCAAGUCCUCUCUGGGCGACUGGCUCAAGUCGGAAGGCAUUCCGGCCAUGCACGGUGUCGACACUCGUGCCUUGACCAAGCGUCUUCGUCAGACCGGCAGUAUGUUGGGUCGCAUGCUGCUGCAAAAGGCUAGCGUGACUGUCGAUGCUGCUGGUGCUGCUGGUAUCAACUGGAAGUCGUACUUCGAGGAAGUCGAAUGGGUGGAUCCCAACACCAAGAACCUUGUUGCUGAGGUUUCAAUUCGCGAACCCCGCCUUUUCACACCUCCUGCCGAUGUCGCCCUCAAGCACCCGUCGGGUCGCGGAGUCCGUGUUCUCUGCUUGGAUGUUGGUAUGAAGUACAACCAGCUGCGUUGCUUGCUUGCACGCGGUGUGGAGGUUCUGGUGGUUCCAUGGGACUAUGACUUCCCCACCCUCGCUGGGAAGGAUUUCGACGGUCUCUUCGUGUCGAACGGUCCUGGUGACCCCGCGACCCUGACUGUUACCACCAAGAACCUGGCCAAGAUGUUUGAGGAUGCACGAACUCCUGUCUUUGGUAUUUGUCUUGGUCACCAGUUGAUUGCCCGCGCUGUCGGUGCCCAGACUACCAAGAUGAAGUUCGGUAACCGCGGUCACAACAUCCCCUGCACAAGCAUGAUCUCCGGAAAGUGCCACAUUACUUCUCAGAACCACGGUUACGCCGUUGAUGCCAGCAGCCUCCAGAGCGGAUGGGAGGAGCUCUUCGUUAAUGCCAAUGAUGGUAGUAACGAGGGUAUUCGUCACACCAGCCGUCCCUUCUUCAGUGUUCAGUUCCACCCCGAGAGCACACCCGGACCCCGGGAUACCGAGUACCUGUUUGACGUGUUUAUCAACACUAUCAAGUCUACCAUUGCUUCCCCCGAGGCCCUCAACUUGCCCGUCUCUUUCCCCGGCGGCACCAAAGCCGAGAACAUCUUAGCUGCCCCAAGAGUCUCAGUUAAGAAGGUUCUCGUUCUCGGCUCCGGCGGUCUCAGCAUUGGCCAGGCUGGAGAGUUCGACUACUCUGGCAGUCAAGCCAUCAAGGCUUUGAAGGAAGAGGGUAUCUACACCAUUUUGAUCAACCCCAACAUUGCCACCAUUCAGACCUCCAAGGGCUUGGCUGAUAAGGUUUAUUUCCUGCCUGUCAACGCCGAUUUCGUCCGUAAGGUCAUCAAGCACGAGCGCCCCGAUGCUAUCUAUGUCACUUUCGGAGGUCAGACUGCCCUUUCUGUCGGUAUUCAACUCAAGGACGAGUUUGAAGAGCUCGGCGUCAAGGUUCUCGGUACCCCUAUUGACACCAUCAUCACCACUGAGGAUCGUGAGUUGUUCGCUCGCAGCAUGGAUUCUAUCAAUGAGAAGUGUGCCAAGUCUGCUUCCGCUUCCACCAUCGAAGAGUCCCUGCAGGUUGUUGAGAACAUCGGUUUCCCCGUCAUUGUUCGUGCCGCCUACGCUCUUGGUGGUCUCGGCAGUGGCUUCGCCGAGAAUAUGGAUCAAUUGAAGGAUCUGUGCACCAAGGCAUUGGCCGUCAGUCCCCAGGUGCUGAUCGAGCGCAGUAUGAAGGGCUGGAAGGAGAUCGAGUAUGAGGUUGUUCGUGAUGCCCAGGACAACUGUAUUACUGUCUGCAAUAUGGAGAACUUUGAUCCCCUUGGUAUCCACACCGGUGACUCCAUCGUUGUCGCUCCUUCCCAGACUCUCUCCGAUGCGGACUACAAUAUGCUGCGAACCACUGCUGUUAACGUCAUUCGUCACCUCGGUGUUGUCGGUGAAUGUAACAUUCAGUAUGCCCUUAACCCAUUCUCCCAGGAGUAUUGCAUUAUUGAGGUCAACGCUCGCCUCUCUCGAUCUUCUGCCCUGGCUUCCAAGGCUACUGGAUAUCCUCUCGCUUUCAUUGCUGCUAAGCUGGGUCUUGGUAUUCCCCUGAACGAGAUCAAGAACUCGGUCACCAAGUCCACCUGCGCCUGUUUCGAACCCUCGCUUGACUACUGCGUGGUCAAGAUUCCUCGUUGGGAUCUGAAGAAGUUCACUCGCGUGUCUACUCAGCUCGGUUCCUCCAUGAAGAGUGUCGGUGAGGUCAUGAGCAUUGGCCGGACCUUUGAGGAAGCUAUCCAAAAAGCGAUUCGGUCGGUCGAUUUCCACAACCUCGGCUUCAACGAGUCUGAUGCUCUCAUGUCUAUCAAGGGCGAACUCCAGACUCCAUCUGAUCAACGUCUAUUUGCCAUUGCUAAUGCUAUGGCGGCUGGCUACACCGUUGAUGACAUUUGGAAGCUCACGAGCAUUGAUAAGUGGUUCCUCAGCCGCCUCAAGGGUCUCAGCGACUUUGGCAAGUCCAUUUCCGCCUUCAAUGCCACCUCGGUGCCUAUGCCCAUGAUCCGCCAGGCCAAACAACUUGGUUUCUGUGAUCGCCAGCUUGCCAACUUUUUGGAUUCUAACGAGCUUGCUAUUCGCCGCAUGCGUGUCGAGGCUGGUAUCACGCCCAUCGUUAAGCAGAUUGAUACCGUUGCUGCCGAGUUCCCGGCUGUGACCAACUACCUCUACCUCACCUAUAAUGCUUCUGAGCACGAUCUGUCCUUCAACGAUCAUGGCAUUAUGGUUUUGGGAUCUGGUGUCUACCGUAUCGGCUCUUCUGUCGAGUUCGAUUGGUGUUCCGUACGUACCAUCCGUACGCUGCGCGAGCAGGGUCACAAGACCAUCAUGGUCAACUACAAUCCCGAGACUGUUAGUACCGAUUAUGAUGAGGCCGAUCGCCUUUACUUCGAAAACAUCAACUUGGAGACUGUCCUCGAUAUCUACCAGCUCGAAACUUCUAGCGGUGUGAUCAUGUCUAUGGGCGGUCAAACCCCUAACAACAUCGCUUUGCCCCUUCAUCGCCUUAACGUCAAUAUUCUGGGUACAUCUCCCGAGAUGAUUGAUGGUGCUGAGAACCGUUACAAGUUCUCACGCAUGUUGGAUCGUAUCGAGGUUGAUCAGCCUGCCUGGAAGGAGCUGACCAGCAUUGAUGAGGCUCGGGGUUUCUGUGACAAGGUCGGAUAUCCCGUGCUUGUCCGUCCCUCGUACGUGCUCUCUGGUGCUGCUAUGAACACUGUCUACUCCGAGCAUGACCUCGCCAGCUACCUGAACCAGGCUGCUGAUGUCUCACGCGAGCACCCUGUUGUUAUUACCAAGUACAUCGAGAACGCCAAGGAGAUCGAGAUGGACGCUGUUGCCCGUAACGGUGUCAUGGUUGGCCACUUCAUCUCGGAGCACGUUGAGAAUGCUGGUGUCCACUCUGGUGAUGCAACUCUGAUCCUACCUCCCCAGGAUCUGAGCCCAGAGACCGUCCGUCGCAUUGAGGAGGCUACCCGCAAGAUUGGUAACGCGCUCAACGUUACCGGUCCUUACAACAUCCAAUUCAUUGCGAAGGACAACGACAUCAAGGUCAUUGAGUGCAAUGUCCGUGCUUCGCGUUCCUUCCCCUUCGUGUCCAAGGUCAUGGGAGUCGACUUGAUCGAGAUGGCCACCAAGGCCAUGAUUGGUAUUCCGUUCCAGGAGUACCCUCCUGUCUCCAUUCCCAAGGACUACGUCGGUGUCAAGGUUCCCCAGUUCUCCUUCUCACGUCUGUCUGGUGCUGACCCUGUUCUGGGUGUUGAAAUGGCUUCUACUGGUGAGGUUGCUUCGUUCGGUCGUGACAAGUACGAGGCCUAUCUCAAGGCUCUCCUGUCCACUGGAUUCCGUCUUCCCCGCCGUAACAUCUUGUUCUCCAUUGGUGCUUAUAAGGAGAAGCUCGAGAUGCUACCCUCGAUUAAGAAGCUCCACGAUCUUGGUUACAACCUGUUCGCCACUGCUGGUACCGCAGAUUUCCUGAAGGAGAAUGGUGUCCCUGUCAAGUAUCUUGAGCAUCUUCCAGAUCACGAGGAGGAGGAUAUGAAGUCCGAGUACUCUCUCACUCAGCACUUGUCCAACAACCUCAUUGAUCUCUACAUCAACUUGCCGUCAAACAACCGCUUCCGUCGCCCGGCCAACUAUAUGUCCAAGGGCUACCGUACCCGCCGCAUGGCUGUUGACUACCAGACCCCUCUGGUCACCAACGUCAAGAACGCGAAGAUCUUGAUCGAGGCUAUUGCGCGCCACUUCCCCCUGAACAUCAUCACUUCUGACUUCCAGACCAGCCACCGCACCGUGGUCCUUCCCGGUCUGAUCAACAUCGCUGCAUUUGUCCCGAGCCUUGCCUCCGCUGGAUCCAAGGACUUCGAAGCUGUCUCCAAGGCUUCCAUCGCAAGUGGUUUCACCAUGAUCCGCGUGAUGCCCGUCGGUGUUGACAGCUCAGUCACCGAGUCCCGCGACCUCAAGAUUGUCCAACAGAACGCCCAAGGCAAGUCAUUAUGUGACUUCAACAUCUCUGUCGCUGCCACUGCCACCAACUCAGAUCAGAUCAUUCAGAUGACUGGCGAGGUCGGUUCCCUUUUUAUCCCCUUCAACCACCUGUCCGGCAACAUCAACAAGGUGGCCACUGUCACCAACCACUUCAGUUCCUGGCCCUCAACCAAGCCUCUGAUCACUGAUGCCAAGAGCACUGAUCUUGCCUCUAUUCUGUUGUUGGCCAGCCUGCACAGUCGUAACAUUCAUGUCAUGAGUGUCACCUCCAAGGAGGAUAUCAGCCUCAUUGCUUUGAGCAAGGAGAAGGGCCUCAAGGUGACCUGCGAUGUCUCGAUUUACUGCCUCUUCCUUUCUCGGGAAGACUACCCCGCCUGCAGCUUCCUGCCUUCCGUCGAGGACCAGAAGGCUCUGUGGGAGCACAUGUGCACUAUUGAUGUCUUCUCCAUUGGCAGCAUACCCUUCCAACUUGCUGGCAAGGAGGCGACUCCCGAAACUGGUAUCGCCGAGUCAAUUCCUCUGCUGUUCACUGCUGUGGCAGAUGGUCGUCUUACCGUCGAGGACAUCACCGCUCGUCUUUACGAUAACCCCAAGAAGAUCUUCGAGUUGCAUGACCAAGUCGACAGCUCACUCGAGAUCGAGGUUGACCGCCCUUAUGUUUUCCAGAACCCCCACACCUGGUCUCCAUUCAACGGUAAGACGAUGCAUGGUUCCGUUCAGCGUGUCGUCUUCCAGGGCAAAACAUCUUGCCUGGAUGGCGAGAUCACCAAGGAUGCUGUCAAGGGUGCUGAUAUGUCCACCCACCGCAUCGUUCCCACCUCGCCUGUGCAGAAGCCCAUGACUCCCAUGGUCCGCCCUGAGAGUUCCCUCGAUAGACACAUGUCUUUCUCUGGCACCCCUGCCCGUCGCUUCAAGGCCUUGGACAGUGCUAUCCCAGCCAUUGGCGAAUUGGGCCCUCCACUCUAUGCUACCUCGCAGGUCUCCCCUUCUCUGGCAGACAUGCUCUCCCGCUCCCCCUUCCGUGGAAAGCACAUCUUGUCUGUGAACCAGUUCUCUCGCGCAGACCUACACCUGCUGUUCACUGUCGCCCAGGAGAUGCGCCUCGGUGUCCAACGCCACGGUGUUCUUGAUAUCCUCAAGGGCCGUGUCCUCGCCACUCUCUUCUACGAGCCCUCCACCCGCACCUCAGCCUCGUUCGACGCUGCCAUGCAGCGCCUCGGUGGUCGUACCAUUCCCAUUGCCACCGAGCACUCCUCUACCAAGAAGGGAGAGUCUCUCCAGGACACGAUCCGCACUCUUGGCUGCUACGGUGAUGCCGUUGUCUUGCGCCACCCCGAGGCAAGCAGCACCGAGAUCGCAGCCAAGUACUCCCAGGUCCCCGUCAUUAACGGUGGCAACGGAUCUCUCGAGCACCCCACCCAGGCCUUCCUGGACCUGUUCACCAUCCGUGAGGAGCUCGGCACUGUCACUGGUUUGACCAUCACCUUCACCGGUGAUCUGAAGUACGGCCGGCCCGUGCACUCACUCAUCAAGCUGCUCCAGUUCUACGAUGUUCGCAUCCAGCUCGUUGCGCCCAAGGCACUUGCUCUUCCCGAGGAGGUCCGCUCGCAGAUUGCGGCUUCCGGGCAGCUGGUUCUUGAGUCUGAGGAGCUGACUCCUGAGAUUGUCGCCCGCUCUGAUAUCUUGUACUCUACUCGUGUGCAAAAGGAGCGCUUCGCAGACCUCGAUCAGUACGAGCGUCUCAAGAACAGCUUUGUCAUUGACAACGCCCUUCUUAAGCACGCCAAGAGCCACAUGGUGGUCAUGCACCCUCUUCCUCGCAACGCCGAGAUCUCUGAGGAGGUCGACUUCGACCAGCGGGCUGCUUACUUCCGCCAGAUGCGCUACGGCCUCUACUGCCGUAUGGCCCUCCUGGCUCUCGUCCUGGCGCCAUAA